GCGGCGCCGGGUGAGGCAAUCCCCGACCUGGGCCCCAGGCUCUGCUGGAACCGGGAGCCCGGAACCGCAAGCGGCCGUGCGCUACAGACUACAUUUCCCACAAUGCACGGUGGGACGGGACGGGGCGGGCCGAGCGGCUGAAGUCGGGGCUUGGCCGCCAGAGGCUGGCGAAGGCUGUCUUCCUGCGCCGGCGGCCGAGUCAGGGGCGGAGGGAGGGCGCGGUGCCAGUGCUGUGUCCAUGUCUGUGUCCACAAGGGGCCGUGGCCCCGCGAUCCUGCGCCCUCAGGUCAGGGCCGGCUGGAUACCCGUACCCCUCCGGGGGUCCGGCAGAGGGCAGUGACCGGCACCCUCUAUACGUCCUGGGCCCCCCAAGCAGGAGAGCCCAAAGGAUGGCUGCUGACAUGCAGGGGAAGAGAAGCAGCGAAUGCCCUGAUGGUACAUUGGUUCCUUCUGAUGGUCAGAAUGUGGAGAGAGCUGAGAGCCCCACACCAGGACUGGCCCAGGGAAUGGAGCCAGGUGCUGGGCAGGAGGGUGCCAUGUUCGUCCAUGCCCGUUCCUACGAGGACCUGACUGAGUCAGAGGAUGGGGCAGCUUCUGCGGACAGCCCCAAGGAGGGUGCUGGGGGUCCCCCGCCGCUGCCUGCAGACAUGCGCCAGAUCAGCCAGGACUUUAGUGAGCUAAGCACCCAGCUGACAGGUGUGGCCCGUGACCUGCAGGAGGAGAUGCUGCCAGGAAGCUCUGAGGACUGGCUGGAACCUACAGGGGCAGCUGGGCGACCAGCCACAGAGCCCCCCAGAGAGGGCACAACCAAGGGAGAUGAGGAGGAUGCCACGGAGGCAUGGCGCCUGCACCAGAAGCAUGUUUUCGUGCUGAGUGAGGCAGGGAAGCCCGUGUACUCCCGCUAUGGGUCUGAGGAGGCACUUACCAGUACUAUGGGUGUUAUGGUAGCCCUGGUGUCCUUCCUGGAGGCAGACAAGAACGCCAUCCGCUCCAUCCAUGCAGAUGGCUACAAGGUUGUAUUUGUGCGCCGAAGCCCACUGGUGUUAGUAGCAGUGGCCCGCACGCGGCAGUCAGCACAGGAGCUGGCGCAGGAGCUGCUCUACAUCUACUACCAGAUCCUGAGCCUUCUCACUGGUGCACAGCUGAGCCACAUUUUCCAGCAGAAGCAGAACUACGAUCUGCGGCGCCUGCUCUCAGGCUCGGAGCGCAUCACCGACAACCUGCUGCAGCUCAUGGCACGAGACCCCAGCUUCCUGAUGGGGGCAGCGCGGUGCCUGCCCCUGACGGCGGCAGUGCGCGACGCAGUGAGUGCCAGCUUGCAGCAGGCGCGUGCGCGCAGCCUGGUCUUCUCCAUCCUGCUAGCCCGCAACCAGCUCGUGGCGCUUGUGCGCCGCAAGGACCAAUUUCUGCACCCUAUCGACCUGCACCUGCUCUUCAACCUCAUUAGUUCCUCCUCAUCCUUCCGCGAAGGUGAGGCCUGGACACCCGUGUGCCUGCCCAAAUUCAACGCUGCUGGCUUCUUCCACGCACACAUCUCUUACCUGGAACCUGACACCGACCUCUGUCUGCUUCUUGUCUCCACCGACCGCGAGGAUUUCUUUGCCGUCUCUGACUGCCGUCGCCGCUUCCAGGAGCGCCUUCGCAAGCGUGGAGCCCACCUGGCACUGCGGGAAGCACUACGCACGCCCUGCUACAGCGUUGCCCAAGUGGGCAUUCCUGACCUGCGCCACUUCCUCUAUAAAUCAAAGAGCUCGGGCCUCUUCACCAGCCCUGAGAUUGAGGCCCCAUACACCAGUGAAGAGGAGCAGGAGCGGCUACUGGGUCUCUAUCAGUACCUGCACAGCCGUGCCCACAAUGCCUCCCGCCCACUCAAGACCAUCUACUACACGGGCCCCAAUGAGAACCUCCUGGCCUGGGUGACAGGCGCCUUUGAGCUCUACAUGUGCUACAGCCCCCUGGGGACCAAGGCAUCAGCUGUCACUGCCAUCCAUAAGCUGAUGCGCUGGAUCCGCAAGGAGGAAGACCGCCUCUUCAUCCUCACACCCCUCACCUAUUAAUGGAAAUGUGGACAGACUCAGCCCUCCUAGGCCCACUAGGCGUGGGAAGCCAUGGGAGUCUCCACGUGGGGCUGGCCUCUCUCGCCCAGCCAGCAGACAAGGACUGUGGGUUGGUGCAUACAUUAAAGUGCUUUGAGGAAGACA